GCGUGUCUGUUCGGCACCGGCUCGCGCGCGCCCCUAUCGGACAGACGCGCGGUUGUUCGGCCAGGCGGCCAACCGUCAUCCGCAGACCGCGCAGUGGCAAGAAACGCGUAGUAUGUACUCCGUCGACUGCGGUCCGUCCGUCAGUCAUAUUUGCGCCGCCGGUCCUUUUCGUCGUUUCUCCGUUGCCGUUGUCGUUGUCGUCGCCGCCGCCGCCGCCGCCGCUGUCGUCGUAAUGAAUUCGGCCGAUUACCCAUGUUAACACAACGGAACGCGAAUAAACGAAUAACGUGAUUAGACUGCAACGAAUAAUAUGUGAUUUGCAAUCGUGUUUAUUUAUUUACGCUUAAUUCCUAUGAUAAUAUUUAAUCUAUGUUUUUAAUCCUCGAGUUUUCUAUUUUUUCACUUAAUAAUAAUUAUAUUGCGCCUUUAAACUCCGGCUCCAAAAACAAUAUUAUGGACGUGUGAUCAGCGUAAGACGUUUUUAUUAUCGUCAUCCAAUGAAUGCUUUCGUGCGCGACGGUGCGGUAAUCCGCAAGAGACGAAUCCGUCAAAGUUUAAGUGCGCGCAGCACCGAACCAGAGAGGAAAAAGAUUUACAAGGCACACGACGACGGAGCCUUGCGGCGUGACCUUGCGUUAAGUACUCUCCAAAUACAUUCCAGUGAAAGUUCAGUUAACCAAUCGAAGGUUGUAGCAACUGAGAAGGAAUCCAGAUAUUCAAAUGUUGAGUUUACGCGAGCAAAAGCUUUUUUGUAUUUAAAUUACAAGAAAAUUAGUUGUUUUAACGUUAACAAACUUCUCAAAGAACAUUUAAAGGAAUUUGAUGAAAAUGAAACUCAUUUAAAAAGGACUUUUGAACAAUGUUAUGAUGUAACCGGAUCUGUAGAAAAGAGUAAAGCUAUGAUGAAACAAAUUGCGACUAACACAUGUUCAAGACUUGAUCUUAAACCUACUUUAUCUUCAGGAGUUAGUGAAAGGAGGUUAUCCAUUUUGCCAUGUAAAGUUAUUGAAAAAAGUGUUAAAAGACUUAAAAAAAAUAAGAUAAAAAAAAAUAUGACAAUCAGCUUAAAAAAAAAAAUUGAUGAUCUAAAUAUAAUAUUAUUUGGCAAGGAACAUUCAUCAAAAGAUAAAAAAAUCCUAUAUACAAUAAAACUUAAUGAAUAUAUUGGAGCACCUAAAAUAUAUUCUGAUUCUGAUUCAACAAUAAUUUCAGAUGAUGAAGAAAUUGGUAAUAGAAGUUGUAUACUAACUAAAGCUUAUAGCCUACGAGAUCCGAAAUUCGAAAACCUUAGGGAUACUAAAACAGGCACAUGUGUUAUUGUCCGCAUAAAUUCGAAUUUAAUUAAAAAUAAUCCUCAAUCAAAUACAUUUUAUGCUAAAAAAUCAAUUUCAUUAACUAGUCAAUUAAAAACUUCGGUUCAUAAAAAAUUUAAAAAAGGUCCAAAUGUUUGCGAUACUGGAAAUUCUAAAAUAUCGGCAUCAAAUAUGAAUAAUCUUGAAAAGAUAAAUUCACAACUAAAUACCGACGCAAGCAUUCAAAACGCUGAAAGUUUUGUACUGAAAAAGGUUAAUCAUGUUGGACAAAUCAUAGUUCCACAGUUUAAUAUUGAUGGAAUGGUUAAAAAUUCCAAAGUUCCUGAAUUAGAAACAAAUGUUGAAGGAGAAAAUACAAUUCCACAUAAAAAUGUUGAAGGUCCAGUAUUAGCUCAGAAUAUUGAUGAUGAAGAAAUGGUGGUUCCUCCAUUAAUAAUUGAUGAAUUUGUUGAAGAUGCUGAUAGUACUGUAUUGGAAACCGACGUUGGAGAAAUUAUGUUUCCAAAAUUAAUUAUAGACGAAAAUGUUCAAUCUUCCAAUAUGAUUCUAUUGGAAACUAAUACUCUUGUUGGAAAAAUUAUAGAUCCAGAAUUAGAAAAAUCUGCAAAUAAUCAAGAUUUAGCCAACUCUCAAAUUGAUACAGAUAUUGAUGAUUCGAAAAAACAAUCUGCAUUGGAAACCGACGUUGGAGAAAUUAUGGUUCCGAAAUUAAUGGAAAAAAAUUUUAAAAAUGCCAAUAGUACUGCAUUAGAAACAAACGUUGAAGUAGAAAAUACAGUUCCACAUAGAAAUUCUGAAGGUCCAGUUUUGACUCCGAAUAUUGAUGAUGAAGAAAUGACGGUUCCUCCAUUACUAAUAGAUGAAUUUGUUGACAAUUCUGAGAGUAUUGUAUUGGAAACGGACGUUGGAGAAAUGAUGUUUCCAAAAUUAAUAAUAGACGAAAAUGAUCAAUCUUCCAAUAGAACCAAAUUGGAAAUGAAUACUCUAGUUGGAAAAAAUAUAGAUCCAGAAUUAGAAAAAUCUACAAGUAAUCAAGAUUUAGCCAAUUCUCAAAUUGAUACAGAUAUUGAUGAUUCGAAAAAACAAUCUGCAUUGGAAACCGACGUUGGAGAAAUUAUGGUUCCGAAAUUAAUGGAAAAAAAUUUUAAAAAUGCUAAUAGUACUGCAUUAGAAACAAACGUUGAAGUAGAAAAUACAGUUCCACAUAGAAAUUCUGAAGGUCCAGUUUUGACUCCGAAUAUUUAUGAUGAAGAAAUGACGGUUCCUCCAUUAAUAAUAGAUGAAUUUGUUGACAAUUCUGAGAGUAUUGUAUUGGAAACGGACAUUGGAGAAAUGAUGUUUCCAAAAUUAAUAAUAGACGAAAAUGUUCAAUCUUCCAAUAGAACCAAAUUGGAAAUGAAUACUCUAGUUGGAAAAAAUAUAGAUCCAGAAUUAGAAAAAUCUACAAGUAAUCAAGAUUUAGCCAACUCUCAAAUUGAUACAGAUAUUGAUGAUUCGAAAAAACAAUCUGCAUUGGAAACCGGCGUUGGAGAAAUUAUGUUUCCAAAAUUAAUUAUAGACGAAAAUGUUCAAUCUUCCAAUAUGGUUCUAUUGGAAACUAAUACUCUUGUUGGAAAAAUUAUAGAUCCAGAAUUAGAAAAAUCUACAAGUAAUCAAGAUUUAGCCAAUUCUCAAAUUAAUGAAAUGAAAAUCGAUACGGAUAUUAAUGAUUUGAAAAAACAAUCGGAAAUAUUGGACCAUACAAAUUUAGUGCUUAAAAUUAGAAAAAUUAUAAACACGGAUGAUGAGGUAUUUAAAAAUUCUAUAAUAAAAGAUUUGGCAACGUAUUUUUUAAAUGAUGAUUUUCUAUACAAAGUAGAUGCAUUAUGGAAAACUACUGAAUCAGAACUUGUUGGAGAGUUAAUCAUAAAACUCCUUAAUAUGUUUAAUGACAUCGAAUAUAAUAUGGCACAAUUUACAGGUUGUUUAAUUUGCAUAUUUCGUGAAAUCGCUCGAAAGUCUUCCAUUCUUCCGUGUCAAUUGAAAUUAAAAUUGAUUGUGUUCCUUGAUGCUAUUAAAAAAUACAUCAAAUUUCAUGAUAAUGCAUUAUGGAGAACUUGGUUUUUACCUAGUAUGUUCUUCGAUUGGUGUUUUAUUGUCGCUUUUAUCUUUAUGAAUACUAAAAAUGAAUUUAAAAUAGAUUUUAAUAAGUCAGUUAUAAGAAAUGCAACAUCGUACUAUAAAAUGGUUAAACGGUGUAGAUAUCUAUUUAUUAAUCAAGAUUUAAAACCAACUAAGUCACAUAAGAAGAGUGGUAUAUUUGAAUUGACAAGAAUUGAUGACCUCUUGGAAAUUGAUGACGUACAUGCCACGAAUGAUACCAAAGUAAUACCGAAUAUAACUACUAACAUACCCUCGAAUGAACUUGAACGCAAAAAACUCAAAACGGAAGACAAUUGUAUAGAUACUAUUAAUCAAACUACACCAGGAAAUAUAGAGGAAGUGUGCCUUGCUUCAGUUGAUCCUAAAAUAUCUAAAAUAAUAGUACGUCCUCAAUUUAGUUAUUCAAAUUCAUUCAUUAAUAAGUUAAAUUGGUUUAAUAAUAAUAUCAGUGACCUUAUGAAAAAAUUCAACGCAUCAACUUCUAAUGAAAGUAAUGAAAGUUCCAUUGUCCAAAAUAAUACUUCAGUUGUUGAUAACAAUAAAGCACCAUCAUCUGUUAAUAAACGCCGAUGUGUUGUAAUGAAUGCAACAAAUGAGCCAACAAUGAGUAAAAAAUCAAAAACACAAGUUGAAUCUCCACGCGUAUUUUUUACUAUUGCAAAUAAUCCUAAAGAAUUUGACAUAACUUAUGGUUCAUCAGCAAUCGCUCAGUCAAGAUCAUCAGCAGUCUCUAAGAAUGUAAGUUCAUCAUCAACAGUGCCUAAUAAUUCAAGUUCAUCAGCAGCAGUUCCUCAGAGUUUAGUGGUGUCAUCAACAGUUUCUCAAAAUUUGAGUCCAUAUUACAAUCAUUAUUCCUCCAGUAAUACCAUUAGUCAACUUCCGGCUCCUAUUGGUUUGCCAUCACUUUCUAAUACUACACAAUCUUCAUAUCCGGCGAGUACAAAUCCAUCAGUCAAUAUAAACAGAACAUCUAAUAUUCAUCCAAUUCAUUCAAAUAAUCAGAGAGGGAUUCACCAUCAGAGUUCAGCUGCAGCGAAUUCACAGCGUCCAAAGGCAGCAAAUACAUGGCCAUCAAACAAGUAUACCAAUAUGUGUAGUGAUCCUUCUUGCAGUAAAUCUAGUACUUACACCACUCAAUACACAAAUUCUAAUGCCUCGUCGUAUUCACAAUCGACAUAUAGUCAUAACAUUCCAUCAGCAACUUCACAUCCUCAAUAUUCAAAUGCGCUUACAUAUCCAACAACCUACACACAUCCAAUAAUUAGUGGUCUAUUAGAAAGCAACACAGCAAAUGUGGCAUCAAUGAAUACCUAUAUGCAGAACCAAAGUUAUAAUUAUAGUAAUUCUUACUCAAGUCAGAAUAACUUGAAGACUCCCGAUCACAAUACUCAGGUUUCACCAGAUUUGCCUGAUGCUCGACUACCCAACAUGCCAAAUCACCAAGCUGCUGAUACUAUAAAUCAAACGUGUAUGGCGGCCAACUGUACAAAUGUUUCCAGUUUUUCUUGUAAUACUUGUUUGGCUGCUUUUUACUGCAGUAUACAAUGCCAAAAAUCUGACUGGCAUUAUCACCAAAACGAAUGUUGUGUUUCUUUUUAACUGGAUAACCUACAGGUUAUUUAAUUAAAAUUAUUAUGAUUAAUUUUUACAACAUUGUUCAUUGUAUCUACAUUGAUGUUUUUUUUAUCAUAUUACCCUCAACUGCAUCUUUUUUUGUAAAUAAUUACAACUUAAUUUAUUUACAUGUAUCUAUUCAAUUUUAUUAUUUAAUUGGUUAAUGACAUAUUGACAUGAGAAUAAUUGUUAUUCUAAUAAUAAUAACUAUUAUUAUUGUGUAAUAGAUGAUAAUAUUAUUAUUUCAUUACAUAAUAAGAGUAAUUAUGCAUGACUUUUCUAUUAUAUAGUUUACAAUAAGACCAUAGUAUUAUUAUUUGUAUACUUACUGUUGUUUUACUUAUUUAAUUGGAAGGCUGACUAAACUUAAUAGCAAUUUAACUGAGACUAUUUCUUAAUCAACUUUCUUAUAGUUAUAAUAAUUAAAAGAAGAGUGUUUGAUAAGUUUUCCAGUCAGUAGGUUGUAUUAAAACUUAACUGAUUUUUAUGCGUGCAAAUAUUUUAAUGUCGGAGUGGCUCCUAAAAAAAUUGUAUUGUACUAAUAUAUUACUUUAGGGCUUAGGCUGUAAUAUUUUUAUUAGUAAAACAUAUUCUUGACACUAGUUUUUUGAAAUUUCUCAUAUAAAAGUUAUUAAUUUCAUUUGAUUUUAGCUUUGAACAAUCUUCCAGUUUAACUGUGUAUAAUUUUUCAAACAAAUAACAAAUACAAUUUUUAGCAUGUUCUUUUAUCAAAUAUUAAAUAAAACUUGUCCUUCAAAAACAGUUUAUUACAUAAACGCUAAAUAAAUAAUAAUUAUUAAAAUAACAAUUUACCCAGUUCAUUGUUAUUAAUCAUUAUCUAGUUCCGUCAAAAUGUAUUUUUCUAUAGACAUUAACAUAAAUGCCUUCAGGUCAUUGAGCUUCUCAAUCUAUUUUUUUUUAGAUAUUUAAGAGUAGAAAACAAUCUACUCAAUCUAUCCCUUUAUCAUGUACUAAUUUUGACUUAAAACGAAAGUACUUACAAUCACCAUAAUAUGACCUAUAUGAUCAAUGAUCACAAUAUUAGUCACAAACAUUUAAUGAGGAACCUAAUUAGGUUAAUCAAUAUACCUCAAUCUUUUUGGGAGCUUUGUUUUUGAACUAUUUAACAGACCAUUGCAGGGGCAUUAAAUGAUAACUUUGAAUUAGUUAUUACAUAAUGAAACUUAAAAUGUAAAGAAGAAUAGGGGUUAUUUUCCAAAACGUGUUAAUGCCAAAAAUCAAAUUGUUGAGAAAACACAUUUUUUUUUGUUCUAAGAUCUAUAGAAAGUAUAUAAUAACCUUAUACCAGCGUUUCUUAAACUGUGUUCCAUGGAACCCCAGGUUCUGCAGAGAUCACUUCAGGGUUUCGUGAAACUUAAGUGCUCUUUUUCAAAAUUUUAAAUCGUUCUCUGUGUUAAAUGUUUGUGCAUUUCAAAAGAUAAAUAUCCUCAAUUGUCACAAAAGGUCGUGUUGGCACUUAUACCAUUUGUAACCACUUAUAUAUAUGUGAAACGGGGUUCACCAUCUAUAUGUACCUACAAAAACAAAAUACCGCAGCAGACUUGAUGCUGAACCUAAUAUAAGAAUACAAUUUUCAUCAAUAAAGCUCGAUAUUAAGAAUAUUUGUAAUAGUAAAAAGUAAUUUCACUCAUCUCAUAAAAAUUAAAAUUUAGAACUUUAGAAGUUCUGUUAUUGUCUGUUAUUUAAAAUAUUUUUUGAAUUAAAUACAGAAUAGUGUGUACACAUUAUUAUUGAACAAAAUUAUUACAAAUUUUAUUGUAAAUAAUCCUUACAUAAAAUGACACAUUAAAACUAUUGAAACAAAGUAUAGGUUCUAAUUGUAGAGCUAUAAAAACUUACUGUUGAAAGCUUAAUAAAAAAGCUGAAAAGCUAGAAAAAAAAAGUAGGGGUUCCACAAUAAAAGUGGACAUAAAAAAGGGUUCCACGGAUAAAAAAGUUUAAGAAACGCUGCCUUAUACUAAUAGACAAGGAGUGAUUGCACACCGAGCGUGGAAACAUAGAGAGCGCUUUUCGUAAGAUGUAUAGAUAUAUAGAUUAUUGUAGUUUAUCGUCAAGAUAGCAUUUUCAUCAAAAUUUAAGUUGGUAAUAUUUAUUAUUAUUUAAGAAUGACUACUAACUACUAGAUCACAGAAUAGUUUAAACCAGAAUGAGCCCUCGAAAAAUGUACAAUAAAAAAAAACCAAAAUUGUCACUUAAAAACUGUAGAUCAAAGUGGCUGUAUACAAUAUAAAUCAGUUAAUUUGUUUGCAUAGCUAUUGGCUAUAUUGAUGGCAUUAUAGCUCUUAUCACGGUUUUUGGAGCGUGUCUAUUCUGUUUUCACCUAUUUUGUGACGAGUAUAAUAUUAUUGUAUGCCGCAUGGGAAAACACAAAUAGUUAUUGCAUGUCCUCUCACGUGAUGUUAUUUAAACUCUAUAUGACCAUAUCUAGCGAUGUUUAUCAGCACCGUUUAAGAUAUACAGUUAAACAUUAUCGGUCUAUGAUAGGGUGACCAUAUUUAAAAAAAAAAAAAUACAGGACAAAAUUAAUAAUAAUUUAAUUUUUUUUUAUUAAUACUUAAUAUAUAUAUAUCUAUAUAUAAUAUAUAUUUUAUAAUUUAAACAUAAUUUUUAAUAACACUGUAUAAGAUUCAUGUACUUUACUUUUUUAAAAAAACUUAUUAAUUCAUUUUGAUGACGAUUGUUCAGAGAUGUCUUCACUAUUUGAUUUUUCAUACUUUUCUGAAGAAGUAAUUAGUUUUAAUAAUUGUGGAUGUUCUAAAAGAAAUGUAUGUAAUUCUGUACAUGAAACAUUUUUAAAAUGUUGUUUUACGAUUAUUAUCGAUCUAAUUGUGUCCACAAGAAAUCGAUUUUUCUCAUCUGUCCAUAAAACAUUUGUAAUUGAAAAUACUCUUUCUACCGACGCGUUAGUUCCUGGAAUAGCCAUCGAAUACUCUAAAAUAACCGUAAAAUAUUUAAUUGAAAUGUUAUUUUUUUUUAGAAUUUUGAAUAUUUCACACCACCUAUCUUCGGUUUUUGAACCAUUUUUCCAGUUUUGCAUUUUAACCUUCAUUACAUUUAUCACAUGAUUAAAUUCGUCAAAAAGUUCAUCUUCAUCGAAUUUCAAUGUUGGAUUAUUCUUAAUAAUAUAUUUAAAACUUUCUUGAAUGUCACUCCAAAUUGGAAAAUCUAGUACUUGAAUCCAACGAAAAACUUUUAGUGGUUCAAAGUGAUAUCCCCAUUUUUCCACGUACGAUAAAAACGUGUCAUAAAACUCAUCAGUUAUCUCAAUAAACUUUUUUUCACUGUACAGUUUGUUCUUAUCAAGAUCUGAAAUAAGUUGAGCUAGCUCUGAUGUAAAAAAAUGUUGAUUUUUCCGAUUUUUUAUUUUACCACAUAACACUUCAAUUUCUUCAUACACCUCGCCUGCUGAUAUAUGAUCACCUUCUAUCCUUUUUAUUGUAUCACAUACCACCUUCAACUGACUUUGUACAAAAUAUAACCAUGCCAUGGAUAUAGGAUCAUUAAAAAAAGUUCUUAAAACUGUAGGACACUUUUCUUGUGACAUAAAAUAUGAUUUCAAUGCAGGAUAUAAAUCUAUUAUUCUAGAAACAGCUGGCUGUAGAGAUAACCAACGCGUUUUUACAGAUCCUAAAAUAUUUUUGUACUCAAUACUAACAAAAUCGCAAAAAUCCUUUAAUUUUUCUAUACGAACUGUAUAAAUAUGAAAAUACUGAAAUAUUUUAUUAAUUAUGAGUUCAAUGUCAGUUGGCAAAAUAUCAGCACUACUAUGCAUAGCAUUGUGCAGAAUAUGAGCAGCACAGCCAAUACCGGAAAUAUUUCUUUUUAAUUUUUCAUUUAGAAUUGCAAAAACGUUAUUUGUGUCUUUUCUCGAGACGCCGCCAAAAUUUGUAUUGCAGUUGUCACCCGAAAAUGCAACAACAUUAUUUAAACAUUCAGUAUGUAAUCUUAUAAAAUAUUUGAUGUUUCUCCUUUUAAAUUCAUAAAUUCUAACACUUUAAUUUUUAUCCCUUCUUGGGGGUUAAAAUACCGAAUCAGAAUUGGAACCAGUUUUAAAUUUUUAUGGUUUGACGUGUCCACCAUAAUUGUUAAAAAUUUAACGGAUUUUAGUUCAUCUAACAUCUGUUGAAUGGCAAAAGGAGCUAUUACAUUCACAAUUAUAGAUUCACAUUUUGUAUACGAGCACACGAAAAUUUUUUUUCGUAAAUUUUUUUUAUAAUUGAUGUUGAACAAUCCAUAGACCUGAAUGAAUGAUUGUGUAUAAUAGUAUGAUAUCCAAAAAGACCCUCUUCCACAGCAAUACAUUUGCUUUCAUUUGUUGACUGUACAUUAGUGAAAAAAUUCGUUACCUUAUUUGAAGAACUGCUUGAUACGGCCAAUAAAUGUUUCUUUUGUUUAACAUGUUGUGUAAUAUCUGAACGACCACCGUUUUCUAUUGAAAAAACUGAUUUACAUACAAUACAUAAAACUUUUCCGAUUUCAUCACUAUCUCUUAAAAACGGAAAUUCAACUUUCAAGCUGGGAGUAAAUACGCACCUUCGCUUAGGCAUUUUAAUAGAUGACUUUCCUAAAAUUGUAAAAUAUUAUAUUAACGAUUAUCAACAAGUCGACAACACUCAACGAUUGUUGGAACCCAACUAAUAGACAUUCGCUAUUCGCCGUAUUCAUAAAACGUAUUUUCAGUGAUAUAAAUAUAAUAAUAGAUAGAAUCGAAAGCAUAGUCAGAUAACGGUAAAUCCGAUAACUCCGAUAAGCUCCUAUAACUCAUAGACAUAUCGUCAUACCCCAUACUGAUAAAUUCAGACAAUUACAAGAUUACAAUUAUAAUCAUUAUUCAUUACUUUCGUAAGUUUCGUUUUCAAAUUCAUUCAUUUUGUUUGAUCAAAAAAACAGGACAAAAAGCGUCCUGAAAGAAGUUUGUCAGGACAACAGGACACAACGCUGAAAUAAAGGACAAUCCUGUAACAAACAGGACGUAUGGUCACCCGUCUAUGAUAUAAUGUAUUUUCAUGACCGUCAAACUGAGUCGCCAAAACAGCUGUGGAAAUACAAAAUGGCGCUAUCUAGCAGCAUUUUUUUGGAAACUCAACAAUUCAAAACGUAUUUUUAUCGUAAGACAUAUGCUUAUGUAUAACCACGAUUAAAGAUAGUAUGGUUGCCCAACGAACUAUGAUAAGAAACUAUUUAAUGAUGCUCAUAGUUUCUUUUAUUAUCAACGAUACUCUAGAAACUUUUACUAGCGCUCAUAGAGUAAAAAUUAAGUACUAGGCAUAAAAUUAUACGAAUAUUAUAUGAUUCAAUAUUUAAACGCUCGAAGUGACAAUGCUCGGUUCUGCUAUUCGUUGUGAUAACAAGAAAACUCGGAGAAUCACUUGAUUAUGGUUUGUUGUGCAACCAUACUAUCUUUAACCGUGUGUAUAACUAAAUAUCAUAUCGGUUCAACACAUUAUAUCGCUAAAUGGUGCCAGUCAGUAGUUCCAUAGCUGUUAUAGCUUCAAUUGGACGGGGUCCAUUUCACAAUUCGUUGUGUAACCAGUAUAAUAUCUUGAAUCGUGUUUUAUCAGAUAGGCACAUAAAAACAACUUUUAGAUACGACAACACUUCCCCUAAAAUAGAAAACAAAUUCGUUCCACCACUUGGUUGAUAAAUAAUACUUUGUAAAUUAAAAUUUUUAAUGUUUUAUAAAAUAUAAACUUAUUUUAAAAUGUUUAAUUAUAUAUUAUUUCAAAUGGCACGCUUCGAAAAAAUGCUAUAUUUAUAACCUAUUCUAUUUACAUGUAUAGCACUAGCAGGUUUUGACAAAAAUAGUUUAUGGAAAUAGAUCGUUAUAAAUAAAAUGCGCAUUUUCCAACACAUUUUUCGCAUACAAAUAUUUUGUUUUGGAUAAAAAAUAAUAAUACCAUUAGAUUGGCCGCUAUUUUUAGCAAAGAAGAAUCAAUGUAAAAGUCGAUUUUGUUAAAAAUAGAAUUAAUAAGUUUUGGAAAAGACCCCCUAUUGUUAAUGAAGUUAGGGAAUUUUAAAUACAUACUUAGCAUAGAUUAAUGAUACUAUAGAUAAGCAAUGUAAAAUUAUUGACGAAUGACUUGUAAAUCAGCAUUGUUUGCUAAUAAUAUGUUAAGGUAAAUUAUAAUAAUUUUAGUAUUUAAAAUUUAUUAUAUUUUUGUUUAAAAUCAAUAUAUUCAUUUAAAUUGAUAUACUUAAGUACCAAAGUAUAAAUUACUUAUAGCAAGACCGUAAUUAGAGUGGGAGUUAUUUCAGCAUUAAAUAUAUUUGGGUUAUACCUAAAGAAUUUACUAUUUAAUUGAAAUUAAUUUUUUUUCAUUUGUCCCCAUAAAAAUGUCUAAAUACGGUCUUGUUUGAAAAGCGGAUGCUUUCAUUUUGACGAGAUUCAAAAUAUAUACAUUUUAUAUUUAAUAA